AGGCCCCGUCAGCUGUACCUCCCCUUUCGUCUCCUCUUACAGGGAGCUCCUGUUUCAUUGUGACCCUGCAUUUAUUCAGGAACGCUGGCCCUGAAUGUUAGUCCCCUGAUGAGAGGAGGAAAGGCUGGAAUCAUUUUCAGAGGCUCCGUGUCCUUUUGCUCACUUUUAAGGCGUCUUUGUGGGCACAGAUAUCAGCAGCACAGUUUUCCAUGUUCCCGAUGAUCCGUUAGUAAAGCCAGAACCGAGGGAACCAGGAUUCGCCUGCUGUGCUCCGACAGAACCGUCCACAGGGUUAGACACCUCAGCCAGUUCUCAGAGAGGGAAAACCACCUCGUGCACGAUGCCCAGCAAAGUCCCGCUGCUGCUGCUGUCUUUGCUGUCCUGGUUCGGGACAUCCCACUGCUGCCUGCAGGACCCCGCUUCAGCCUACAGAUUCACCGGAGCUGUGUGCCGGCUCACCUACCCCGCUGCUGUCGUGUUGAAUGAGAAAACCACUAAAGUGAUCGAGGCUGCUUUUCAACACGCCCGAUACCCGAGCAUGAAGGGGGAGAAGUCCCUGCUCUUCAUUGGAAAGGUCAUGUACGGCCUGGACAAUUUGGAGAUUCACAACCUGUCGAUUGGUCAGAGCGCUUUUGAGCUGCAUCCAGGUGAAGGCAUCGCCAUGGAGAUAAGCAAUGUGUCUGCAGUGUUCAAGGGCACCAUCCAGUAUGGAUACGGCAGCUGGCUCGUUAACUUCGGACAUUCAGUUGACUUUGAGAUUGACUCUCAGAUUGAUCUUGGAAUCAACCCCAAACUUUACUGCGGUGAUGGAAAGGUAGCAGCAGACACAACAGACUGUUACUUGAACUUUCACAAGCUGCGUCUGCACCUGCAGGGAGACAAAGAGCCGAACUGGCUGAAGAAGCUCUUCACCGACUUCAUCACGCUUACUGUCAAGCUGGUCAUCAAGGGACAGAUCUGUAAGGAGAUCAACAAGGCGGCAAAUAUACUGGCUGACUUCAUACAGGACACGGCAGAGCAGUUCCUCACUGAUGGAGACAUCAGCGUGGACAUCGGUAUCACUGCUGCUCCUGUCAUCACAGCAAACUACAUCGAAUCAUACCACAAGGGACUGACCAAAUACAACAACAAGAUUGCUGUCAUCAAUGAAUCAGUUUUCCAUCCCAGUCAGCUGACCGAAGACAGGAUGAUCUACUUUUGGAUUUCAGACCAGUUCUUAAACCCGAUGCUCAAAGCAGCUCACCAAGAUGGCCGCUUUCAGCUCAAUGUCUCUGGAGAAGAGCUCACUACGCUCCUCAGGACAAACCUCUCUACUGCCAUGCCUGAGUUUAUUAGGAAGUGUCUGUUGGAUUCAGCUUCCCCAGAGUUAAGACUGUGGAGUUCAUCGGUUCCAUAUCUGAACAGUUCCAUCUUGGGAACGACAAUUUGGGUGCAGGCAUCUGGACAGCUCCACUGUGAGAGUCAAGGCACACCAGUACUCUUCUUUCAGACGAGCAUGGCCGUAGAUAUCACAACUUCCUAUGUUAACAAGAAAGUCCUCCUGCAAGGUCAUCCAACAGAGAUCUCAGUAUUCAGAGCUGAGCUGCCGUUACAGGAUCAGCAGCUAUAUGAUGAAGCACUCGAGUUCAUAAAGGAAGCUGUGGUGAAAAUUGGAACUCCCAAAGUCCUGUCUGUUCUGGGAGUUGAGCUAACCAGGCUUCUGGACAAACAGGGAUUAUACCAGUUUGAUCUCUUUAACCCUGAGGUGCUUCCCCGGGACGGCUUUGUGGUGAUUCAGAUGGAUUUUGGUUUCCCUCAUCACCUCCUGGUUGAGUUUCUCAAGAGGACACUGCAGUAACCUUUAAAUAUCCGACCUGAGAGUGUGUUUAACACUGAAAACUCAGCUAGGACUGAUGUGAGUCAGUUAGAACAUACUUCUGUCAAGUUGUCGGUGAACAUUUUGUUUGUUGUUGUUUGAAUAAAAUUAAAUACCAUGUAAAAACAGGCUUCUGCAGGUGAUGUACAGUCAGUUAAAGAUUGCUACAAUUAUUGUGAGACCAUAGUUGUGUCCCAAAAUGUAGACUGCAUCCUCCUGAGGCCGCAUUUGUAGUCCGAUUACAUCGCAGCGACGCGACGAAGGCUGCCCCAAUUCGUAGACUCCUCCAAAUCCGGCUGACAAAUGCUUUCUCCUUUUCCCCUGAUUUGAAGGACAGGUCGGGUGUGUCCUUCGUGGCCCACCA